AUGGACGCUUCGGUGGUGAGAUGUUCCCAGUCGCCGGCGAGGGUGCCGCCGGUUUUUGAACCGGAUAUGGAGAAGAUUAAACGAAGGCUGCUCAAGUACGAUGUUGAUCCUACCCCUAAAAUCCUGAGGAAUCUCCGAAAGAAAGAAAUUCAAAAGUACAACCGGAAAACCAAGCGCGAACUCGAGUCCGCGGCGGAGACAUCGCAGGUGUAUACUGAGGCGCAGAAGCAAUCUAUCGAGGAAGAAGCUCGUUUCCAGACCUUAAGGCGGGAAUACAAGCAAUUCACGAGGUCAAUUUCAGGAAAGAGCGGCGGCGAUAGGGGAAGGAUGGACGGUGGUUUGAUAGUGGGGAAUCCAUGGGAGGGAAUCGAGAGGGUGAGGUUGAAGGAGCUCGUUAGUGAUGUCCGGAGAGAAGAGGUCAGUGGUGGUAAACCGAAGAAAGAGAAUCUAAAGGAGCUGAAGAAGAUACUCGAGCAGGAUCUCCGUUGGGUUCUCGACGACGACGUUGAUGUGGAAGAGUACGAUAUAACGGGAAACGAGGACAGAGACUUUGAUCCUGCGAAGCGGUGGCGUAACGAAGGAGAAGCAGUCAGAGUUCUCGUUGACAGGUUGAGUGGUAGAGAAAUCACUGAGAAGCACUGGAAGUUUGUGAGGAUGAUGAAUCAAUCAGGGCUUCAGUUCUCUGAAGAUCAAAUGCUUAAGAUUGUUGAUCGAUUGGGACGUAAAAGGAGCUGGAAACAAGCGUUAGCUGUUGUUCAUUGGGUGUAUUCCGAUAAGAAGCGUAAACAUCUUCGGAGCAGGUUUGUUUACACCAAACUUUUGUCUGUUCUUGGGUUUGCAAGGAGGCCCCAGGAAGCUCUCCAGAUAUUUAAUCAGAUGCUUGGUGAUCGCCAGUUGUAUCCUGAUAUGGCGGCGUACCACAGUAUUGCUGUGACGCUUGGGCAAGCGGGUUUUUUGAAGGAGCUGCUGAAAGUAAUCGAGCGCAUGAGGGAGAAACCAACCAAGCUAAUCAAGAAUUUGCGGCAAAAGAACUGGGAUCCUGUGCUUGAACCUGACGUGGUUGUGUACAAUGCUAUUCUGAACGCUUGUGUUCCAUCACUCCAAUGGAAGGCUGUUUCAUGGGUAUUUAUAGAGUUACGAAAAAAUGGUCUCAGACCUAAUGGAGCUACAUAUGGACUUGCGAUGGAGGUUAUGCUGGAGUCAGGGAAGUAUGAUCGUGUUUACGAAUUCUUUAGGAAGAUGAAAAGCAGUGGCGAAGCUCCAAAAGCAAUUACAUACAAGGUUCUUGUACGAGCUCUCUGGAGAGAAAACAAAAUUGAGGAAGCUGUUGAAGCAGUCAGAGAUAUGGAACAAAAGGGAGUUAUAGGAACAGGUUCAGUUUACUAUGAAUUGGCAUGCUGUCUCUGCAACAACGGGCGUUGGCGUGAUGCAAUGCUCGAGGCAAGUUCCCUCUCAUAG